ACUAUUAUUAUUAUGGCAAAGACAGAUAUAAAGAAAGAGAAACCAAAGUUUCAGCAGACAAAACUAUGUUUUGGAACCUUUCCCGUCAAAGUGUCAACUGAAAAGGAGAUUGACAAGGCCAAGAAAACCGAUCAUACUUCUACUGGAAAACUAGAGAAAUCAAUUCGAAUGCUAGAUAUUGGAAAUAAAAAGAGAAAAGAUGAACAUCCUGACCCUUGCGUUGAUUGUAAUAGUUCAAUGUACAGGUUUAAAAGAGAGUUCAAAUAAGCCUUGUACACAUAAUUUCUGUAUUGACUGUAUCAAGCGAGAAGCUGGUGAAGACUUAGAAUGGAUCAAGGAAAACAAGACUGAUUUUUUUCAUACAAAUGGUCAAAUUAUUCGACACCGGGUACCACGGUUAUCGUUCAACAAAAAACAAAUUCGAGUAGUACAACCUCCAACUUUGACAGCCAUUGAUCUGAUUUAUUCAGAACAAGAAAUCUGGACCCGUUUACAGAUUCGUGAAUUUUUAUUUCGUUUUGGUGAUUUGUACAGAUUCGACCAUCGAUUUAUCAGUCCAUUACAAAAUGUUCAGGGCGAUUGGAAAAUCAAGCGAUUUGGCGCUUAUAUCGUAUUUCAGUCCUUGUCUAUUCUUAGUUCUAGUACACAUUUUGAACUUGCUUUUACAAAUGAUCAAAACUCUCUUCCACAGAUGGCAAAAAAGAUUAUAAACGACUGGAUAGUAGAAAAAAAGAUCAACAAAUACUUUCUUGAUACCAAAUCUAGACAUCAGGCUUUGUUGGAUAGUCUUUUACAAGAAGGCAUGUCAGGAAAGCGAUGGUUAGACAUAGCAGAGUUAUUGGCAGCAGCACAAGUAAAAGAUAUUCCUAUCCCUACUUCUCAAGACUUUGUUCGAAGACAAAAAGAUGAAAAUGAUAUGGACAUCGAUCAAGAUGAUGAGGAAGAAGAACGUAUUCACGCUAUAGAACUCAAGUAUAGACGCUUUCAGAAAUCAGCGCGCAGUGCCUCUUUGCUGUCGAUUGAAGAUGAACUAAAGCUAAUUUAUAUGCUAUUAGAAGUAUUGUUAUUUGAACAUGAAAUCAGACAAUCUCUGAAUACAACGAUAAAACCCAAAGAACUAGAUUUCGAAUUCAAAGAGCUUUCUAAAGAUUUUCUUGCAAAUGAUGAUAAAAACAAAAGCAGAAAGAACGCAUUAACCAGCAGAAUCACACAGCUUGGGUCUGUUCGAAAUAAGCAGAAAGAACUCCAACAAGCUCAGAUUGAAUUGGAUUUAUUGGAAACGCAUAUACGGGAUGAACGCUUAAACUUUGAGUCAAAAAAGAUUGAACGUGAUGUGAAUAUAGCCAAAUCUCAAAAGAGAAUGGGUCUCGCAGGCGUUGAUCAUUUGGGCAAUGAAUAUUGGAUGUUUAGCAACAUACUUGAUAUACAUCAUGCAAAUGAUCUUCGCAAUAGUGAAACUUAUUGGGCAUACGGCGCAAUUGUCAUUGGCCCUGGUUAUGAGCAACAAGCACAAGAAAAGAAAUGGUGGUUUGUCAAAGGAAAGAAAGACUUGACUCAGUUAGUGGAUUGGCUUAAACAACAAGGAAGACCUGACCAAAAUGAAUCACUGAUCUCACUUGCAAGUCAGCUGUGCCGUCGUGUAGAGCAUUUGACUUCUUUAGAAUGGGCGGUUUAUGGUGAUGGAUUCUUUUCAUAA